CUUUUCCUUUUUUCUACUUUCAUAUAUACUAUGUCUGAUUUUAUUUCUGUAUCGAUUGGUCCUAACAUUCAAGGAGAAACACCUGUGCGUCGCUCUGUCUUGGCUGAAGAAGAGAUUGUGGAUACACCUGCUCAAGGUGUUCAUACUUUGUACGAUGUCCUUCAAUACUGUGUCAAAAGACGUGCUGACAAUCAUGCAAUGGGUUACCGUAAAGUAGAAAAGAUUGUGACUGAAAACAAAGAGAUCACCAAAAUGGUAGAUGGUGUUGAAACAAAACAAACCAAGUCCUGGAAAUACUUUCAAUUAUCUCCUUAUCAUUAUGUGACCUAUGCUGAAUUCUCUCAAAUGGCUCAUGACAUUGGCGCUGGUUUAAUUCAUUAUGGUCUGAAAGAGAAAUCUCGCAUUGAAAUCUUUGCUCCUACAAGUAUGGAUUGGAUGUCCAUAGCGCAUGGUGCGUUUACACAAAACAUUGCUAUUGUUACUGCCUAUGAAACAUUGGGUCACGAGGGUUUACUUCAUUCGAUGAAUGAGGCUGAAGUAGAAGCGAUCUUUACAUCUGCUGAACUCCUCAAGACAUUAGCCACUGUUUUACCCGAUGCUCAAAAGAAGGUUUCUCUUGUUGUUUAUACCGGUGAAGCUAAACCAGAAGAUUUAAAAAAGAUUCAAGAGGUCGUAGGACAAGACUGCCUUGUUUCGCUUGACCAACUCAAGACUGUGGGUCAACAACAUCCUACUAAGCCUAACAAACCAGGACGUGAUGAUUUAUGUUGUGUCAUGUAUACUUCAGGUAGUACAGGUGCACCCAAAGGUGUGAUUUUGAAUCAUUCCAAUCUAGUCGGAGCAAUUGCCGGUGUGGAUACACUUCUCGGUCAUAUUAUCAAUGAUGGUGAAGACUAUAUGAUGGCCUACCUUCCUUUAGCACAUGUACUUGAAUUCUUGGUAGAAAACCUUUGUUUGUUUUGGGGCGUCGUGUUGGGAUAUGGCUCACCUCGUACACUGACCGAUACCUCUGUUCGUAACUGUAAGGGUGACAUCAAGGAAUUCAGGCCUACGUUAAUGACAGGUGUGCCUGCUGUUUGGGAAUCUAUUCGAAAAGGUGUAUUAGCCAAUGUAGCCAAAAUGAGUCCUGCAGCGCAAGCUAUCUUUCAUCGUGCCUUUGCUACUAAAUCUUGGUUAAUGGAGCGUGGCUUACCUAGUGGCUUUUUAGAUACCAUGGUCUUCAAUAAGGUUAAGGAACAAGUAGGUGGUCGAUUCCGUCUAGGUUUAGCUGGUGGUGCACCUCUUGCUCUUGAGACACAAAAGUUUUUAUCUGUCACAUUGAACCCUAUUUUAAACGGUUAUGGCAUGACUGAAAGUUGCGGUAUGUGUUGCAUUAUGGCACCUGAGCACUUUUCUUUAGGUUCAGUCGGAGGUCCUGUUCCUUGCUGUGAGAUCAAGUUAGUCGAUGUACCUGAAGCCAACUACCUAUCCACCAAUGAGAAACCUCAAGGAGAAAUCUGGGUCCGCGGAUCACCUGUGACCAAGGGGUAUUUUAAGCAAGAUGAAUUGACCAACGAGGCUAUUACCGAAGAUGGUUGGCUUCGCACUGGUGAUGUAGGUGAAUGGAACAGCGACGGCUCAUUGUCUGUGAUUGAUCGUAUCAAGAACUUGGUCAAACUCAGUCAUGGUGAAUACAUUGCUUUAGAGAAACUAGAGUCGGUCUAUAAGACGGCUUUAGGUGUUGGUAAUAUCUGUGUCUAUGGCGAUUCUCUCCGUCCUCGUCCAGUUGCUAUCGUAAUGCCUAUUCGAUCUGGACUUGAGCAGCUGGCAAGUCGUCUUGAUAUCCAUCAGUCCUUUGAAGAGUUGUGUGACAAUGAAGACAUCAAAAAGGCAUUUUUAGUGGAAUUACAGAAACAAGGAAAUCAAGCCGGUCUCAAACCUGUUGAAAUCGUACAUGAUGUUUAUCUCACUCAUGAGGAAUGGUCAUCUGAAAAUGGUCUUUUGACAGCUGCACAGAAAUUAAAGCGUAAUGCCAUCAACAAACAAUACAAAGAACAACUUGAUGCCAUGAAUGCUUCACAAAAAGCUUAAUAAAUAAACAAAAUAAAAAUAAAAAAUAAAAAAUAAAUAAUAAAUAAUAAAUAAUAACAAUAGCAUUUUAUAGAUUCAAA